AUGGCAGAGCAGUGUAGCCCAACUGUGAAGCUCGUCUAUGAGUACGAGGAGGGUAUCACAACGAUAUUCAUGGUCGUGAUCCGAGACUAUGAGCGUCACAUUUAUCGUGCUUUCUGGCGGGCGCAGGCCUCUGCUCCGGUCAGAAAGGACGACCCCUUUGAGAUUCGGAAGCCCAGUGCGCCCACCGAGCUCGGGAUCGUGGCACAAGAUCGCAAACGUAUGCCAGGCCGGUAUGCAGAUGGCCCAACGCCGGUCAAGGAGGGCUCGGCCGCUCGGACCCCCAAUACGAAUAUCCGGCUGCCCCGGCUCGGGGAGUUGCCCCGCUGCCCCGUGGUGAGCCGAAAGUCCUUCAAGGCAUCGGACCGCGUGCUUGGCUGCCCCGUGCCCGAGUACGCCGACGUGCUUCGAGUCGUCCAGGCCCAGCUCGUGAUGGGCCACAGCUGGCCGGCCGAGAUGCCUUGGACUUCGAUGCUUUGCUCAUUGCUGUGCUGGUUCCUUCCUUACCUACUGCUCGUGGCCGCAGUGGUGCCAGCUGCGGUCCUUGCUCUCAACAGAGAGGCCUUCCUUGUGAUCGCUCCCUUGGCCCUGGCCUUGCACGUUCUGCAGGCCCUCCGCCGGCGGCUCUGGGAUCGCCGGCUGCUGCUGUCAGUCGAUCAGGCAGCUGCGGCUGACCUCAGGGAUCAGCUGAGAGCCCCGCUUGGCUGGGGCGAAGAAGGUCAGCUCUUCUCAGCAAACCUCAGUGCAGCCCUGCAGGCGUUCAACCUGGCCCCCAACGCUCUGCUUCUUCCGGCCCCAGGCCGCCGGGCAUGGAUGCGCUCGUUUCUGUUCGCCUUGUUUCUUCUGAUGCCUGGGGCGGGACUGCGAGUCUCGUUUCUGGAUCUCGAAUCGCCACCAAUCUGGAGCGAGGUCGCUUUGGUCGCGCUUUGCUCCUUGAUAUUGGUGGCAGUGGAAUGCCGUCCAUCGCAGGAGCUCCCACGCGCAGAGCUCGUGGACCAGCGGUUAGAGGCUCUGGAGGCUGGCUUCAAUGCGAUGCUCGACACUCUGCGGCCACUGCUUGGCCAAAGCGGCAGGCCUACAUUUGCCAGUCAAGCUCAAGCCAAGGUUCCAGGGGGCAUGGACCAGCCCGCUGUGCUCGAGCGUUUCGGGGUGAGGUUGAUCACUGCGGAAAGGUUCACACUCCGAGGGAGCCUCACAAUUCUGCAGGAGCAGUGCAGCAUCUUGGUCAGCUGCCCGCUGGGGGACUUCGACCUCGUGGCCAAUGGUUUGGAAGGUGCCUUGUCCACAGAUCUCGGCAAGACAGCCGCCGGCGAGGGCGAGUCGAUGGCGCUGUCGCCUCCGGCCAGGGAUGCCUCCGGAUGGGCUGCCGCGCUGGCAGCACGAUUCACGAGCAGAGACACGCGCCCACGCAGAGACGAUGAUCUUGCGAGCGUGUCGACCGCCAGCACGCUGACGCGAGGUAAGGGCCAGGUUGAUGAGGCCUCCUUGCAUCUCGCGCUUGCCAUGGUGGCCGCCCUGAGCCGUUGUGCUCAUCGGCCCCUGGAGGUUUUCAGCGCCGUGGGCUCCCACUCCGCAGUGGUGCCCCCCAAGGUCUCUUAUGACGAGCCCUCCCUGAUCCUUGCCAUGGCAGAGGACCAGUUGAGCUGCCAUCCACAUCGUUACGGCGCUGUUUCGAAGAGUGUUGGCUGCUGCAGGGAAGCCAGGAGGUCCGUGAUCAAGGAGCGCUUCGGCGUGAUCCGUGAUCCUGGGGAGAUGCGCCAGCUGUGCACAGACGACGAGCUGGUGGGGCAGUCCUUUACUAGUUCUUCUGUGCAGCUCCGCAUCGACGACUCGCCGCGGAGUUCGGCAGCUUCACAGGGCAGCGGCAGCGAGGACGAGCUGAGCCGUGCGGGUACAAAGUGGCCAUCUUCCUCAAGGUCAAACAGCCGGUAUACCAAGAUCUUUUCUGGAGCCCCACGCCAUCUGGCGCUGGUCUUCGACUCCUUCGCAGCCCGGGAUCGCUGUCUGGAGCUGAUCCGACAAGUCCUGCCGCUGCCUACGCCAACUGCCAGCCGUUCCAAGUGCUUUUCGGCCUCGGAGUGA